AUGGCUUGGCUGGGUGUUAACUUAAUCAGUACUGUCGGGGUGCGAGAACAUCAGACAGUUGAUCCAGGUGUUUCGGCUUCAAGUAUUGGAGAAAUGACUGCUUUCCGGACAGUUUCUAAUCGAAGUCUCUUCUAUACGCUUCUGAUCCAUCUUCUCAUUGUUCAUGAAGCAGAUUUCAGCUAUCCAGUAGCAGAAGUUGCCUUACACAGUAAUUGUCAAGUAUGUGUCGGCAGUGCGAUGGAUGAAGGAUUUUGUGACUGUUCUGAGAACGAUUAUAAGUACGAGAUUGACUUAAUCAAAGAAGAGGUGAAGUGGUUCACUGUCAUCUAA